AUGAGUGUAUUGGUGGUGGUGAUUGACGUUGAUAAAUUUGAGUGUAAAAGUGUUAUAAUUGUAUAUAACAACAAAAAUGGACAUGGUAGUGGGGUUAGUGGAACUGGCAAUGACAGCGGUGGUGAGGAAAGUGGUGGUGGUGGUGGUGGCAGCGACAUUGGUGAUGGCAACGAUAAAGGGUGUAGAGGUAACAAUGUUGAUACAAGUAGCAACGGUAGUAGUGGAAGUUCUGGUGGCAAUGGUGGCGGCUAUGGUUAUGGCAGGUAUAGCGGCAGUAGCGACAACAAUGGUGGAUGUGGUGGUGGCAACGAUAGUGAUGGCAAUGAAGGUGGUGCCGGUUGCGAUGGAGGUGGUGGCGUUAUGGUUGUGAUGAUGUUGGUAGCAACAAUGGUGGUGGUAAUGGUAGUGGUGGUGUAA